ACGAACUGUCAAGACCGACACGAAGUUUUCUUUUUCAUCGGUCGAACGAAGAGUCAAAAGAAUCAACGGAACCAGCGCCUAGUUCCCGCGGGACCAUCAGCGAACCCGGAUUUCCCGUAGAGAACAUUGAGAAAUCUUCCUGCGACAAUGGCGGAACCUGACUUUACCAACCCGGAGUUGUCGGCUGACGCCAUCAAGCGGGAACCGUCGCCGAUUGCCGGCCCUUCGUGUGCCCCCGUCGAACAACCGCCGCCGAUCAAGGAUGAAGUUCCGGAUGGCGAUUUCGAUGAGUUCGACGAGGAUGGUUAUUCCUCGCUGGAGGGAGAGCCGACCGUCGAGCCGAUGGCACCCUCGAUUCCGGUAGAGCAGCUGCCCAAACCGGACAGUAUGACUCGGCUGCGUUACAUGCCGUACACUGUUCAGGAUUUGAGUGCUGGAGCGGUGGAUGGGCGGUGUCCUCAGGAUUGGCCACUGGCUCAUUUGUGGCCGGUUUACGUGGGCAACUUCCGAUGCGCGGACGCUGCGCAGUGCUCCAGUGCCAUCCGGCAUUACUUUGCCUCUAAGGGACUGCUGGUGCGUUGGUUUUUCCAGCUGAAGGACGAUUAUUACUUCCAGUUCCAGAAGAAGGCCAACCUUUACGACGGAUUGGUGUACUUUGGGUCGGAGCAGGACGCCGUGCAGGCUCUCGGGGCUGACCACUCGAUUCACAACGGGUACACGUUGAACGUGUUCCCGGGCCGUGAUCCGGUGUUCUUCCCGCCGGACCGGAGCGCCAUGUUCCGGAACAUUCGCUCGGGGUACGUUUACAGCGAGGAAUUUUUCGCUCGCGCCCUGAUGGCACGCCACGGCGGGGUCCGCUGCGUGGUCAAGUUCGACAUCAAGAACGGAGCUGCGGAGUUUUACUCGGUGGCCCAAACGCAGGGAGUGUUCUCCAAGGAGCGUCAGUUUCAACCUUCGCUCGUGGGACAUCAAGCGCUGCAGAAGCAACGGUACGUCGAGGCCAACAUUCAGGAGCAGAUUCUGAACGGCUUGGGCGCGCAGCCGAACGCGCUUCUGAUGACCGAAAACGAUCCAAUCUACCGGAAGAUGCAGUCGGCCGAACUGCCGGAACCGUUGCGAUGCCCUGGACCUCCACCAAGGCGCCACGGUGGUGGCGAUGGAUCGAUUCAACCGGUUCGCCGAGGACCGUCCAAGUACUCGCAGAAGGUCAAGUUUAACAACAAGUUGAAAAAGAUGCGCCGUCUGAUCGAGCGGGAUUUGGCCGAAGGACGGGAGCCGCACCUGAACCGGCAUUGUUCCAAGCAAGACAAGAAACGCUUUCAGCAGAUUUACAACCAGGUCAAGCAGCAACGCAAAUGGUAAUUGACCGUUACUUUAAGUUUUAUUUCAUUGAAUUCCUAAUGCUGAAAUUAGUAUCAAACGAAAUUGAUAUUGACAAAACAACUUGAACAAGGAUUUUCUUUCUAAUAAAGACUAAAGUGCAACUUUAAUUCAAUGCAGUGACAAA